AUGACCCGAAAGGUGGAGGGAAAAAAACCCGUUGAAACAUUCAAGAUUGGUCGCGAAGCGGGUCACGCGGGUCCACUUCACCUCUGUUUAACACGUCGCAUAUUCACACCCUCCGUUAACCUUCUAAUUUUCGCCACGUUUCUCCCCAAACACCACAUGGCAUUCAUGCUGCACUCCAUAACCACCCCAACUUCCCAAUCCUCUAUUCCAUUCUUCAUUUUUAUAUUACUUCAGCAAAUUCAAAUCAAAGAAAGAAAAACAAAAACAACAAAAAUGACUAGUAGUAAACUUUUCUUGUUGGUGCUGUGUCUUGGAGUCUGCGUGGGGAUCUGCAUGUCCUGGGUUGAGGAUGUCGCUGAACCGGACACAGAGUUUUUGCCUAAUUGGCUUCGCAAUACAUUUUCUCAAAGUUUGGGAUCAGAAAAUGACGACGCCACUCAAAACAUGAACUAUAAAGCUGAAGAUGCAGCUACAGAUGCCAAAGAAGCAAUUGGAAGUGAUGAAAUAAUCAGAAUGGCAACAGAUAAAUUGACCAAUUAUGACAUCAAAAACGGUGUAAAAGGUGGAAUGGAUUGUGGUGUAAAUGAUGAAGCGAAAGAUGAAUUAAGCUCUGUAAAAAAUUCCAUGAGUGAAGAAGCCAAAGCUAAGUAUGAAGCUGCAAAAGAAAAGGCCUCAGAAGCCACAGGGAAUGUUGGAGCUAAGAUGAGAAAUACCCCAUAA